ACUGCCACUUGUUGAUCUAAUUUUUGUAAACAAAAACACAUAAGUCUUAUGUCUUGGACAAGAAAAUUGUUAAUUACAUACGAAAACUUCACAACCGAUUUGCCUGAUCUUCAAGAUGGCAACAAAACAGAAGGAUGCUUUCCUGCCUGCGACUGCAAGUGUAAAUGCUGCAGAGGACACAGGGAGAAAUACGUGGCAUUCAAUGGGGAAAAUGAGUCUUUUUCCGAAUUUCCCAACGAGUUUUCCGGCGAAGCAGAAGAUGUGCAGAAAAUGAUACGUUUCCGCAGCUCAGAUAUUUUGCUUUUACUGCAGGCAGCGCAAUUACGUGACAAUUUCUGGACCAAUCAGUAUUUUAAGGCUGACUUACAAGAGGAUUAUGAAGCUGUUUCGCAAGUUUUUAAAGUAACAAAGAGGCAAGUUCAAUUGGAAAUGGUGGUGGCAAUUCUGGAUACAGUGAGCACUGGCUACAGACGAGCGGUUAGCCAAUUAACGGGUGAGGAAGCCCAAGGAGCUCUGCGUCCCAAAAUGGCAGCAAUUACAUUACCAGGAUUACGUUGUAUUUGUCAAAAGUGUGAGCAGCUGCCUUGGAAAAAACUACAGGAUGUGGAGGAUCAUCAGGAAAGCCAUACUUAUUCAGACAACUUUCACUGCGAGAUUUGCUAUCGCAGAUUUUACCUGCAGCAUUCUCUAACCACCCAUUUGAGCAGGAAAAUUGGAGGUCAAAAUGAUGGCUCAGAAGAACUUCGGGAAAAUGGGCGAUACAAACGAUUUCUGGAUAAUCAAAAAAUAAGAGAACAAGAGGAACUGGAGAAACGACCUGCAAAAGUUAAGGAAAUAGUGGUGCCCGUAUAUAACGACCAAGAGCUAUAUCUUAAGGAAGAAUCAAGAUAUCCUCUGAAAAAACGACAGAGUUCAAGUCGCACACAAUGUCCGAUUUGUCAUCAAAAAUAUGGAUACUCCUUUAGCCACCAGCUGCACAUGGUCAAGCAUAGAAGGGAUAAGUUCGAAACACCCAAACUUUUUCCCUGCUCCUUUUGUCAGAGGUCCUUUCUUACUCAUAAGUUUAUGCGCAAACACCAGAAAAGAGUUAUAUUGGCAGGCAAACUCAGAUAUCGCCCAUUUAAAUGCCCAAGUUGUCAAUGGAGAUUCCAACUGUGGUCUGCCCUUAAAAUCCAUGUAAUUCGCAAGCAUGAACGGAAAAAACUCUGUCUCAUUUGCAAAAAUCCCACUUUGGAUCGCUGUUGUUCUGCUCAUACGCCCAAGGAAUGCAGAGAAGCCAUUAAAAAACACCGCGAAAUGCGCCGUUUAAAAGGAGCUCCUGUGUGCGAAAUCUGCGGAAAGGAUUUUGCAAAUAAGUUCUUUCUCAGAGAGCACUUGAACAAAACACACUUAAACAGGAGGAAUUUCACCUGUGAAAUCUGUGGAGCAAAUUUCUACAGCCAAGGCACAAUGCAAACUCACAGAAAAUCAGUGCACUUCUUAAUGCAGACCAUGAAAUGCGAGGUUUGCAAUCUCAUUGUCAAAUCCAGGGCAAAUUACCAGAGGCACUGCAAGUCGCAAAGGCAUAUCGAUGAGAUAAUUAAACUGGAAUUAGGCAAUGGAAACUCCAAGGAAACUUUUUCAAAAGAAAGUGUAGCCAUUAACCAACCAGAAUCCAAUCAUAGAAUAACGCAAACCACCGAAGAGUUAAUUAAUAUGGAAAGUUAUAAUGAGGCUACUAGUAUAAACGCAGAAAAAGCAACUAAAAAAGAAAAUAACAAAGUCGUGACUCAGAAGAAGGAAAAAAUCAAAUCAAAAACCCCUCGCGGAUUUCAAAAACCAGAUAAAUUAACUUUUUGUGAACCCUGUGGAAAUUCAAUAGUGGGAAAUAUGCAGAGGCAUUACAAAUCGACCAAACAUAAGCGUAACUUAAUUGCACACAACAGAAAUAUGCAAAUAUUAAAAAUAACUAAUAACAAAAAUUUAUAGUUUUAAAAUAAAAUUUAAC